ACCCCCAUCACCAUUUAUAUAUCAACAUCAUAAUUGAUAUGGUAACCUAAACCCUCCUUAUUCAUUUCAUAACCCUCUCUUCCCUCUACCAUCUUCAAUUCUUGUUUCUUUUGCAUGAUAACUUUGCCUCAUCACUCAACCCAAAAAUCAUCAAAUCAUAAGUUCGUAACACCCCAAAAUUACAUGGCCUCGGAAACCCACCAUCAUGUGGAAGGCCUAACACCCGAGGAACUAACCCAACUUGAACCUAUCAUAAAAAAAUACCAUCUAUUCGAAGCAUCUUCCAACAAAUGUUUUUCCAUAAUAACACACCGGAUUGAAGCACCCGCGAGCAGCGUGUGGCCCUUGGUCCGGAACUUCGACAACCCUCAGAAGUACAAACACUUCAUCAAAGGGUGCAACAUGAAAGGGGAUGGCAGCGUUGGAAGUAUUAGGGAAGUAACUGUGGUCUCGGGCCUCCCGGCCUCAACCAGUACCGAGAGGCUCGAGAUUUUGGACGAUGACAAACACGUCCUAAGUUUUAGGGUCGUUGGCGGCGAACACCGACUCCAAAACUAUCGUUCAGUCACAUCCGUGAACGAAUUUCACAAAGAGGGUAAGGUUUAUACUAUUGUUUUGGAAUCUUACAUCGUAGAUAUACCUGAAGGGAAUACGGAGGAAGAUACCAAGAUGUUUGUUGACACCGUGGUGAAACUCAAUCUUCAAAAACUUGGGGUCGUGGCCAUGGCUUCAUCAAUGAAUGGACGAUAACAACAACAGUGAAUGGAGAAAUUCUAUGGUACCAUCAUGAAAUUCAAGGAUUUUGGUAUUGUUAUUGAGAAAUUCUCUCUCUCUCUCUCUCUCUCUCUCUCUUUCUUUAACAUGUUCAAACUCAUUCCAUUACUGGCGCAAAAAAUAUAUAUAUGUACGAAAUUCUUAGAUUUCUUUUGGUAUCAUAGCAAUUUCUCUAUUGAUCAUGAAUGUUUAGGAACUGGGGUAGCUAGGUUAAUUAAUGUGUUUGUUUUCAUGUUUGUACGAAUUCUAAUGUACCAAAAUGGAGAAACAAACACGCACUUGGAAUCUAUUUGUCCAUUGAUGAUUAGUAAUAUUGCAUGGUAUCUUGGAAUAUAUUUUUCUCCUUGUUUCUUAUUCCUUUCUUGAUAUUCUUUACU